CUUGUAUUAAAAUCUAGAAUUUUGCAAAUUCAGCAAACUGUAAUUGAUGUUGCUCUACACGCCAACAGUGAUUCUCAGUAUUUCAGAACUCAUGUAAUAAUAAAUCAAAUAUCAAUGAUCUACCAAACAAUCUUUGACAUUCUAGAGGCAACAGAAGUUGCUAUAUCAUUUGCAAAACUAAAUGUGCUCCACAAUUCAAUAAUCAAUCCAAGCGAACUAAUAAAAGAGAUCGAACAACUGAAAACUCAAUUGCAAAUUGAAAGUUUACCGAUAGAAACAAAAAUUGAAAACAUCUUAACCUUUGAAAGAAUUAUGAAUAUUAAAAGCUAUUCAAAAGGUUUAGUGGUUACUUUCAUUUUAGAAAUUCCACUGGUCGAACCAAAAAUUUAUCACUAUUACCAACUAUACCCAGUGCCUAUCCCUAGGAACCAAUCAAAUGUAUUCUACAUAAACUUUCCACAUAAACCUUACCUU